AUGAAAAAUACCUCAAUGGUAACGGAAUUUCUUCUCUCGGGUUUUUCUGGCCCAUGGAAACUUCGGUUAUUGCAAGCUUCAAUUUUUAUGCUAAUGUACCUAUCAGCCCUAAUGGCGAACAGCCCCAUCAUCACCGUAACCUCCCUGGACCCUUGCUUCCACACACCCGUGUACCUCUUCCUAAGGAAUCUGUCCCUAUCUGAUCUUUGCCUCAUUUCUGCAGUUGUGCCAAAGAGUGUUGUCAACUCAUUGACCCAGAACAACUCCAUCGCACUCCUCAGCUGUGCCACCCAGGUCUUUCUGGUGGUUUUUUCAGCAGCUGCAGAGACGUUCCUCCUCACAGCAAUGUUCUUUGACCGCUAUGCUGCCAUUGGUCAUCCUCUGCACUAUGAAGUCAUCAUGAACAGGAACACAUGUGUGCAGAUGGCAGCUGUGUCUUGGCUCAAUGGUGGCUUUAUGUCCCUUUUGCAUACAGUGAUCACCUUUUCUUUAUCUUACUGUGGACUUAAUGAAAUCCAACAAUUUUUCUGUGAUAUUCCCCAGUUGCUAGCUGUCUCCUGCUCAGAUCAUAUGACUGCAGAAAUUGUGCUCAUUUUCAUUAAUGUGGCACUUGAUUUAUGCUGCUUUACUGGCCUCAUAAUCUCAUACAUCUACAUCUUUUCUACUAUUAGAAAUAUUCCCUCCACACAAGGACAGACAAAAGCCUACUCCACUUGCCUUCCUUACCUGACAGUUGUUGCACUUUUCCUCUCAACUGCUUUCACCGCUUACCUAAAACCCAUUUUGGGGUCUACGUCAUUCACUGAUCUCAUUCUAUCUGCUUUCUAUAUUUUAUUGCCCCCUUUCUUUAAUCCUGUUAUAUACAGUCUGCGAAACAAGGCCAUGAAGACAUGUUUGGAGAAGUUGAUCACUAGAAAGCUCUUGAAAGAAGAGAAAAUUCUUACAUUUAUUCAAGAAUAA